GCUGGCACACGCGAGGUGGUGUCGUCCGGCGUUGAAAUCGCCCCGGACGAUAAAGAACUGCGACAACGUCGCAGCAUUGAGUGCCCAGUCCACAUUGUCCAGUUCAUCUGUGGCCAGCUGCUUCUUCAAUGUGCUGUGGCAGUAGAUCGCUGACAUCUCCGCCUCUUCUAAGGCCCCGUAAACUUGCGCCAAGUAGUACAGCGUGUGAAUAAAGGCCCUCUCGAAGUUUUUGUGCGUAGUUUUGCUGCAUGGCUGCUCUCCUUCAGGCAGGAAGUAGUCCGUGAAGUCGUACACAACGACGUCUUGCUGCGCUUUUAUGUUCGAGUACAGUUUUUCGGCCCGUUUCAAGAGGUCGCGUGCUUUCGAUUUGUCUUCCCUUCCGGAGUACAAGAUUCCGAGCUGGUUCAAGAGGUGGAUGGCGAGCAUGCAGCACUUGGGAUCCUCGUAACGAUCCUCACCUAUUAUUUUGAGUCCGUCUUCGAAAUACUCCUGACCCAAAGACAGUUCGUCGGUGUCCGCUGCGAUAGUACCGAGAUCGUAUUUCAGAAGUGCGCGGACCAAAACUAGUCUGCUUAACUCGGUGCUCUCGUCACUUCCAAUAACCUCGAGAAGCUCUUUCAGAAUUUCGCGUGCUUUGUAUUUAGACCUGUAAGGUUCCGUUGGAGGGUCCAGGAGACUAUCGUUGUCGAUAAGUUUCCGUGCACGGUCGUAAUCUUCGCGUACUUUGGGUAACUUCGCAUCCCAUGCCGCAUCCGCCAUGAUUUUGAACGGUUAAAUUUUGCUCCGCCAGACGGCAGAUGAGUCGACUAACUUUCGGUCGUUAUGGAAACCGUAAACAAAUAUGCGUGGUUGUUUUCUGUUCUGGGAAGCUGUUGAACUUGAACCCUGAUAGGCAGUGUAUCUUUUCGGUUGUUGAAAGAGUGUCGGCGGGAUUCGUAGCAAUGCCAGCAGACAAUAUUUGGGAUGCCGCAAUCGCGUUGCAAAGAGAAGCGAAACAUGACAGUUCAUCGGAGUCAACAUUGAUUUUUCUUGGCAGCAAACGCAGUGGAAAAUCGAGCGUGAUGUAUCGCUUUGUGGAGCGCUCUGAACUUCCAAGGCCGUCCCUAGCGCUCGAGUACAUGUUUGCUCGGAAGACCCGAGGUGCCAGUUCGAUGAAAGAGGUGUGCCACAUGUGGGAGUUAGCUGGAGGCUCCCUGUCAUCUCAUCUGCUCGAAAUCCCUAUCACAAAGAGAUCGCUUUCAUCGCUAGCAGUGGUGAUGGUUACGGAUCUUUCGAUACCAGAAGAACUUUGGGUGACCAUGGAAGCGUUGCUGAAAGCUGCGCAGUCUCAGAUUGAAACCGUAAUCACCCAAGCGGAGAAAAGUGAACCGGGUUACCGGGAAGUACUAGAAUCAAAGGUCGCUGAUCGGAUCCCGAGUGAUCAUCCUGAUAGAAGCCAUCUAAAGCCGUUCCCAGUACCCCUUCUCAUUGUUGGCACAAAAUACGACAUAUUUCAGGAUGUGGACCCUGAGAAGAAAAAGGUCGUCUGCAGAUUUUUGAGGAAUGUCGCUCACGUAAACUGCGCCUCACUGCAAUUUGUAAACUUGAAAUCUGAGAGCUCUGUCAGCAAACUCAAGGCAACCUUAAGUCAUUUGGGAUUUCGUUCCAGUCUCAGCAAAAGUAUGCAAGCUGACUACAACAAACAGCUGAAUAUUACGGCUGGCGAAGACACUUUUCAUUCUAUUGGAGGGACGCUGAACGAUGAGACAGACAACGCGACGAAUGUCUUCAAAAUGCAGGAGCUGUGGAAAUACCAAUUUCUUGAAUAUUUUCCUCAAGUGGAACUAAAAACAAUUUUGCCAGACGACCCUUGUAAAGAUCCAAAUUUCAGGGAGAAAGAUAUUGAUACUUUGAGGACUCAAAAAGACAAGGAGCUGGAACAGUUUCGAACAGAGCGGGAGCGCGCAGAGCGUGCAAAAAUGCAUUUGGACUGGGAUAAGGACCUGUGAGAAUAUUUAUGCGAAUAAACGUCACGACGAAAGAAGCUCGUUGGGCUUGUUGUUGCUUGUUGGCAAACUCAUGUGCUUUGCCAAGUUCAUGUGCCUAGCCUCUUUUUCCGCGCCUCUUUUACAUAACAGGAAAUAAUAACGGAAAGUGUCGUCU